CUCACUAUAACAGAUGUCAACGACAACCCACCACAAUUUUUGAGUGACAGCUACCUCUUUCACGUCAGCGAGAACGAGCCACGCAACACCCGCUUUGGCGAAGUGACGGCUCGUGAUGCUGACUCGCCUCUUCUGGCGAACGGUAGGCUCUCCUAUGCCCUGAUCGGUCCUCCCGACGACCAGUCGACAGAUCUGGCGGUCGCCAGCUCCUCAGCUGGUGUCACUCCAGGUCCUUCCGUGACGGCCUCGUUGCCAUUCAAGAUCGAUCAAAACUCAGGCGUCUUGAUGACACGACGCCCUCUGGACCGCGAAAUACGGUCACAUUACAUCUUUCGUGUAUUGGCUCGCGACCUUUCAGAGUACGGUCCGGGAGGUUCGGUGCCGGUAGGCGGCAAGAUCGGGUCAGCUACUGUACAGCACACUUCGACCACUACAGUCACAGUUAUCGUGGAUGAUGUGAACGAUAAUGCACCCGUUUUCGUCAGCCCCAACGCCAAGGAAAACAUGUUGGCAGUUGCAGCAAGCGAGACUAUCGGACACAAACUUGCCUACAUCCGGGCAGUAGAUCCAGACGCUGAUGACAACGGUCUGGUCACCUACGCGAUUCGAGCAGGCAAUGAAAAUGGCUACUUUUCACUGGACGCUAAGACUGGUCUACUUUUUCUGGCCGACUCCCUGCGCCGUCCCGCCAGACUGGUGGAAUCCUCCUCCUCUGGACGUCAGACAUCAAAUAAAGGCCACGGGACAGGAGUACCACAAGAGCCUGGCUCCUCCGGCUCCUCUUCUCCUACAGGCCCUGGCCGUGCGUCAAACUCCUCUCCGGCCGGCUAUCCACUAGUCCAUCUGCUUAAUUUGGAGGCAUGUGAUCAGGGCCGUGAGCCUCGGCCAAAGUGCACCGUCUUCAAAAACCUGCGCAUCCUCAUCAGUGACGACUCGCCAUCUCUACUCCUCAAAAGUCUGGCCGCCGAUCUGGUCUCUGGCAGAAGCCCAGUUGGUGCCUCCGCUGGUGGAGCCUCUUACGGAGAUGGUUAUCCUCGAGGCCACGAGAGCGUUGAUGUAGAUGCUCGCAGUGGCAACGGUGGUUUGAACUCAAUUCGCUUUGGUACUGAAGAUGCUAGGGACGAUGGUUUUCUUGGAUCUGAUGGUGUUGCUAGCUCGUUACGCAGCUCGCCCAGUCGGUCGGUGCACAGCCUCAACGGCAUGACCAGAGCUGAGGUUAGCGCUCUCAGCGUUGAACUAGGGAGCCAUGGCCAGGCAGGCGGGCUGAUGCUGACCAGUGGCGAGUUGAAUGUUGUGGGCGGACUGAAGGACAAUGAAGUUGUCAUCGUCUGCAUGGCAAUUAUCUUCGUCAUCCUUUUGAUUGCAACAGCAACCCUUGUCUUCCUGAUUCGACGCCGUUCAUUUUGGACGAGGAGAGGAACUCCACCGAAACGAAGUGGUGCCAGUAAGUUGAUACCAAGAUUGAUCACGGCCUUCAGGGAAAAUUGUAAAAGUAAUAGAACAUUUUUAGAAUCCGCAUCCAUUAAGUAUCGAGCAAUUGGUAUUCUAGUGAAAAUGUGA